UUUUAGCUGAUUUUACAGCUUCAUGCUGAGUAUCUAAAAGUCCAUUUGUUUUGGAAGAUCACAAUGCCGGCCCAGUGUCAGGGCUUUCCAGCAACUGCAUCCAGACCAGAAGCCAUGGGAAGAGCUGUCUCAGCCUUCCAUCUGUGGUAGCAGUAUUUAGUAGGGGGAUAGUGCCUCAUAGAAAAUGAAAUUUCUUGUUUGCUGCAUUACAUAAUACAGUUGUCAAAUCUGGAAUAAUUUGGUGAAGAAGAAGAUUUAAUUGCAUCAGUGCUCUGAAAUAAUAUUCAGAGUAACAUUGAAGAUCUUUUGAAGGCACUAAAAAUCUGAUAACUGAAAGCAAUAAUGACAGACAUAGGAGAUGGACCACAUCUGGGGAAAGAUCUGGCAGAUGCAAAAUCUAUUCCAGGUUUUAAAGGAAAGAACCUACCUGCUAGCAAAUCUAUGGACUCUGGAAUUCUGCCAGACUAUAGUUACAGAAUGGAUUAUCCAGAGAUGGGGGAAUGUGUAAUAAUAAACAAUAAGAACUUCUACCGACAUACUGGGAUGUCGUCCCGUUCAGGUACAGAUGCAGAUGCUGCAAGUGUCAGAGAAGUUUUUAUGAAGUUGGGAUAUAAAGUAAAGAUCAACAAUGAUCUUUCAUGUGAGGGCAUUUUUAAACUACUGAAAAAUGUUUCUGAAGAGGAUCACAGCAAGCGGAGCAGUUUUGUUUGCAUCUUGCUAAGCCAUGGCGACGAAGGAUUGAUCUAUGGUACAGAUGGGCCUCUGGAGCUGAAAGCACUAACAAGCCUUUUCAGAGGUGACAGGUGCAGAAGUUUAGCAGGAAAACCCAAGCUCUUUUUCAUUCAGGCUUGUAGAGGGACAGAAUUAGAUUCCGGUAUUGAGACAGACAGUGGCUCAGAAGAAACAAUAUGUCAGAAAAUACCUGUAGAGGCAGACUUCCUGUAUGCCUAUUCCACAGCUCCAGGCUAUUACUCCUGGAGGAAUUCAGUUCAAGGCUCGUGGUUUAUUCAGUCACUGUGUGAAAUGCUGAAGGAACACGCAAGGAAACUUGAACUCAUGCAGAUUUUAACUCGUGUCAAUCGCAGAGUGGCAGAGUAUGAGUCCUGCUCAACUCAACAGGAUUUUAAUGCAAAGAAACAGAUUCCAUGUAUUGUCUCUAUGCUCACCAAAGAAUUUUAUUUCCCUUCCUAAAAUAAUUUUUCAGUUCAUGCUAUUUAUCUGCAUUUAUAUGCAAUAUUAGUACAAAACAUCACUUUUAAACUGUUCACUACUGUGUAUGGCACAAUGAAGUGUUUCAAAGUUAGAUAUAUGUCUGUUGUUAGAGAUAAAAUGUAGUAUGGCUGUGUUGAAAUGCAAAGCUGAGUAGCUGAAGCAGAUUUGAAAGUAGCACUCUGAGUAUUGCAAAAAAUUAGGAAGGGAAGAUCAGAUUGUUUAUUGGAGAUCUUUGGUGCUACAUUUCACUUUGCUGAAGUGGCAGAGAAAAUAAACACCUCUUGUAAAUAGUUUGGUUUCAAAUCCUACAGAGAAGAUUCAGAAUGUCACUGGUGGUAAUAUGAUAGUAGUGUCAUCAUACAUUUCUUCUUAACUCAAGUUCUUAAAGUUUAGGUUAUAAAGUAACCUAAACUAUUUUUACACUUUUGGGCAUAAACUGUGGAAAACAGCCAUUUCAUAUUUUUGCAUACAAUUACAAAGCAUGUUUAGAGUACAGUCGGUUUUUCCUGAUAAUUUGUGAUAAUUUACUAACUUUCUGUAUGGAAUAUUAGGUAAAACAAUUAUAUCAGCAUGGUAGCUGUUUCAAAAUAAAUUGUGUAUUCUGACCUUGAAGCUGAGUGCCCAAGGGACCAGUCUUCCAAACUGUCUUUUUCUGCAGCUCCCUAAGGGUGGAGCUGUUGGGGCAUAUUUGGGGCUAUAAGAACCAAUGCAAAAGGAAGUCUGCAUUCUGAGCAGUCUGCUUUCCUCUCUUUAGCCUUAAAUAAUAAUGGGUUGGCUCUGUGUGUGCCACAUAUAAUCUGUGUGAAAACCUACAUUUGUGGUACUGGAGAAAUUUCACUUCAUAAUGCUAAUUCCAUGUGUUAACAAAUAGGAAAUUUAUAUCUCUUGACUCUGAAUUUUGUGAGACAGACUUUUACAAAAUUGCAAAACAUUUUUGCUGACAUUUCAACUUGCAGCAUUCUUUUUAAGAUAAGUGCAAGACAGAAUAUGAAAUUAUUAUAGGUGCUUGCAAAACAAUACUUGAAACCCUUUUAAAAUCGUGUAGCAAAAACAAUGUUGGCAACUUGAUGUCCACUUGCAGAGGCAUUUUCUACUUGUUUUUUUUAAUUAAAUACUGUUUUUGGAUUGUA